UACUUCUUUAAAGUUAUACGGAUUUGGCAUGCUAGGAACCAUUAGCUCUACGUUUGUUGUUAACGGGCCUCAUUCGAAACGGACCGGCUUCCUUUACCCACAACCCUCCACCUUAGCUCAGUCCUUCCGACUUCCGCCUCAGCUCAGAGCCGAGAUGGCCCCAACAAAGAAAGGAGAGAAAAAGAAGGGGCGUUCAGCCAUCAACGAGGUGGUGACCAGAGAGUACACCAUCAAUGUCCACAAGCGCAUCCAUGGAGUGAGCUUCAAGAAGCGAGCUCCCCGCGCCAUCAAGGAGAUCCGCAAGUUCGCAGUGAAGGAAAUGGGAACUCCUGAUGUCCGCAUUGACACUCGCCUCAACAAGGCAGUGUGGAGUAAGGGUGUGAGGAACGUCCCGUACAGGAUACGCGUACGGCUGUCCAGGAAGCGUAACGAGGACGAGGAUUCCCCCAACAAACUCUACACCCUGGUCACAUACGUUCCUGUCACCACAUGCAAAGGUCUGCAGACAGUCAAUGUUGAUGAAAACUAAAAGUUGUCUCCAAGUCAAAUAAAUAGAAAUAAAAGGACAUCUUGUGUUUCCUCUUG